UAAACAGAAAAACAGUUAAUUCUCAAAGAGAACAUUUUAAUAUUAUCUAAUAAGUAACUCAAAAGUCUGUUUCUGAAAUUAUGGCAGAAAUAAGUGAAAUAUUAAAUGAAAAGAAAUUAUUUUUUGGUGAAGAAAAAGAGAAACGUGUUAUUCAAAAUGAUACUGCUAAGAGGUCGAAUCUCGAAUGUCUAGAAAGUAAACAAAAUUGUGUAGCUCAAGUCGCACAUUUAUUUACUGGAUUAAAAUUAUCUAAGUAUGAAUUAGAGAAAUCCAAGGAAGCAGACAUCGAAAUGUCUCCAGUGACCACAAGUUCGACUGAAUCGGGAUCAAAAAAUGAUCAGAUUUUCUCGGCAGGAAAAAUAAUUUCUGUUAUUCCGCAUUUGUCGACAGUUUUGGUACAUCCAGCACCAAUACACAAUUCAUGGUUGAACGUUGGUACCAAUUUAUUUAUUCAAAAAUCAAAGUCCGGUGACGACACAAAAAAUAUCCUUUUUUUCGGAAAACUAGAAGAGGUUUUUGGAAAUGUGGAGAAUCCUUUAUACGCUGUGCGCUUAUCACCGGAAAAUUAUUUUCCAAAAGUGGAAGAUGAAGUUUUUUAUUUAUGGAGUGAUCCCAGCACUUCUAUGUUUCACAUCGAAUUUGGAAAUAACGGUAAAUCCGAAGUAAUCUACCACCGUUAAUUAUAGCUUUAAUUAAUAAUAAAUGAUAUACCAAUUUUAUAUCGACCCUAUCUGAGUUAUAUAUUCCUUUAAAAGAAAUUUUGUUUUAAAUUAGAAAUAAAAUAAACCAAUCAAUUCUAAAA